AGGAGAGGGGGGACGGACAGCCAGAAUGGGGUCCAGCUGAGGGCCCUGGGCUCCCGGUUGAUGCUCUAUUCAGGCUGAGUGUCCCGGAAUCCUAGAACCUGGAUUUGUGGGCGCCGCGGUGGUUCCCGGACCUGGAGGGUCCCUCCGGCAGGCCCGUGGUGCCCCCGUUUUGCAUCAGGACCCCCCCUCGGAUGCUCUGAGCCACCCUCCUCAACCCGGAUCUGAAACCCGGGACACAGCUCUCAGGCCAGCCUCUCUCUCCACCCCAACCCCCUUUCUGGCGUCCAUCCCCUCCCCAACACCACCUUUGCUGCUGCCUCUGGCUGUGGACCUGCACCUCUUCCCCAUCCCCGCCAGGCCCAGGGAGCAGGGGGAACCUGGAUGAGAGCCCCCUCAACCUGGGGCUCUCCCAGGCCAUGGCCCAAGUGCUCCCAGGGAGGAGCCCCGGACCCUGAGCAUCUGCUAGAGGCUUGGCAGAGGCUCCGCGGGGACUGUGUCUUCUGAGGACAAAAGGCGGCGGCCAGCAGGCAGACAGGGGGGGUUGGGGGGGGGCGGAGGGACCGGCAGCCAGACGGGCAGACGGGCAGCAGGGGCCAGCGCUGGCCCCCUCCCAGCUUGGCGGUGGCAUGAAGAUGGGGGUGGGAGUGUGCAGUGGGGGAAGCACCUGCCCGGACCCCCACCUGCCAGCUAGCUGGGCACCCCAAGGCUGUGUGUUGCCCACCUGGUGUUCCCCAACACCCCCAGCCCUGCUCAGUGCACCCCGCCGGUGCCUGCUUCCCCUGAUGUCUGCGAUUUAGACCAGCCCAGCUGUAUCCACGGCAACAGAAGCAGGAGUGUCAGUGGCCGCCAGAUCACGGAGGGUCCCACAAUGUGGCCUGGGAUGUGAUUUAUCCUGGGCGAGACAGCUUGAGCUCCCUCCCUGGAUUCCAAGACAGCCCUGCUGAGAGGAGCCCAGGUGCAGCCCAGCAGGACAACUGAUGGAGUCCCCCAGAGCCCAUCGAGUACCAGACUGGCUGACUCCAUAGGGUUGGGAGCAGCCCAUGCCCUUCAUUAUGGCCAACACCACUGGCGAGCCCGAGGAGGUGAGCGGUGCUCUGUCCCCACCAUCAGCAUCGGCCUACGUCAAGCUGGUGCUGCUGGGACUGAUCAUGUGCGUGAGCCUGGCGGGCAACGCCAUCUUGUCCCUGCUGGUGCUCAAGGAGCGUGCCCUGCACAAGGCUCCUUACUACUUUCUCCUGGACCUGUGCCUGGCCGACGGCAUCCGUUCUGCCGUCUGCUUUCCCUUUGUGCUGGCUUCCGUGCGCCACGGCUCCUCCUGGACCUUCAGCGCGCUCAGCUGCAAGAUUGUGGCCUUUAUGGCUGUGCUCUUUUGCUUCCAUGCGGCCUUCAUGCUGUUCUGCAUCAGCGUCACCCGCUACAUGGCCAUCGCCCACCACCGCUUCUAUGCCAAACGCAUGACACUCUGGACAUGUGCAGCCGUCAUCUGCAUGGCCUGGACCCUGUCUGUGGCCAUGGCCUUCCCACCCGUCUUCGACGUGGGCACCUACAAGUUUAUCCGCGAGGAGGACCAGUGCAUCUUUGAGCAUCGUUACUUCAAGGCCAAUGACACGCUGGGCUUCAUGCUGAUGUUGGCCGUGCUCAUGGCAGCCACACAUGCUGUCUAUGGCAAACUGCUCCUCUUUGAGUAUCGUCACCGCAAGAUGAAGCCGGUGCAGAUGGUGCCAGCCAUUAGCCAGAACUGGACAUUCCAUGGCCCCGGGGCCACCGGCCAGGCUGCUGCCAACUGGAUCGCUGGCUUUGGCCGUGGGCCCAUGCCACCAACCCUGCUGGGUAUCCGGCAGAAUGGGCAUGCAGCCAGCCGGCGGCUGCUGGGCAUGGACGAGGUCAAGGGUGAAAAGCAGCUGGGCCGCAUGUUCUACGCGAUCACACUGCUCUUCCUGCUCCUCUGGUCACCUUACAUCGUGGCCUGCUACUGGCGAGUGUUUGUUAAAGCCUGCGCUGUGCCCCACCGUUACCUGGCCACUGCUGUUUGGAUGAGCUUCGCCCAAGCUGCCGUCAACCCAAUCGUCUGCUUCCUGCUCAACAAGGACCUCAAGAAGUGCCUGAGGACUCACGCCCCCUGCUGGGGCACAGGAGGUGCCCCGGCUCCCAGAGAACCCUACUGUGUCAUGUGAAGCAGGCUGAUAGGCAGACAGACAGGGAGAGGGUCAUGGCCACUACCAUGGGGCUAACAGAAACGGAGGGGUAGGGCCCCAUGCAGGAGCCUUUCUUUCUGAGCUUCAGCCCCAGCCCCUGAAACCACCCGGAAUCUGGGCACCUUUGCCAACACCUCCCCAGGGGUGGGGGACUGGGAAAGAGGUGUUUCUAAUUCUAGGGCCUGUCUCUGCUGCCUCCUUUUCCACUUCUACAAUCUCUCUUCUCUCUCUCUCUCUCUCUCUCUCUCUCUCUCUCUCUCUCUCUCUCUCUCUCUCUCUUCAGAAAAAGAAAACAAACGUGAAAGUGCAGGUUUUUCUACUAUCAGCUGAGGAGUUGGGCUUUCUUGCUUUAAUGUCUCUCCUUCUGACACUGUCGAGAAUGGGGAAAUUUGUCCUGUAAAAUAGACUUCCAAGGGCUCUUCCGGCCCCCUCUGCUCCCAUGCACCCUCCCCUUCCAAGUCCUCUAGCAAGGCCUGGAUAUUUAGGGGGAAGCUGAUCUGUUGACAAGGGGGACCAAAGGGGGUGCAGGGUCCCCAGGGAGCAGGGAUGUUUAAUUGCUAUGUCGUGUGCAAUGUUGUUUUAGGCUAACUCUGGUUUCACGCCCAGUCUCCUCUUGCUACCCAUGUCCAGACAUCCCAAGUGUUUCUUGAGCAUCUGAGAAGCCAGGAGGGGCAGGAGAAGGGCCCUCCGGAUGGGCACAGGCUAGUGAAGAGCAGGAUGUGAGCCGCACGCCUGGAGCUUGACAGUAUUCUCUAGAGCUGCCUCCUGGAUCCCCAGCCCCUAACUCUUCUUUCUAAGGGUGGAAAUCCACUCCAGCUCCACGAGGGCUGAUGUGGGUGCCAUACAGGCAGGAGCAAGCCCCCAGGGAAGUAUAGGGAGAGAGCUGAACUCCCCAGAGUAGCUGGAUUUGAGAGCCUGGCAUCAGAGCGGAAUGCAAUCCCAGAAUUGUCUCCUGGGUUCAUGCUACUCUCCGAAAGAUGAAAAUUGUUGUUGUUGUUGUUGUUUUUUUGGGGGAGGGCUUGGUAUCUCAUAGAGGAUUUGAAUCCAUCCCUCUGUGACCUCUUUUUGUCCUCUCCAAGCCUCAGGGCCCUCAAGCCCUUCUGUGGUUGCCCUUGGCUUCUGGGCCCUCAGCUCCCAACUUGCCACCCUCCGCCCUUACCGCCUCCCAACGUGGAACAGACUGUAGCCACAUUCACCAGGUGGGUGACCCCAAGCUUCCCUCCCAGGGCAGAGUCCACUCUGGGAUCACACCAAGGACAGUUCUUGUGGCCUGGGGAUCCAAGCUGGCACUCCUUUGCCUGGUCUCGCCCAGGUUCUCUGUGGGCAGGGCAGAUCUGUAUUUAUCCACCCCCUUUUCCUUCCCUACUGAAACCCUAGUCCUAAGCCUUGACCCCAGAAGAAUGGGGAGGGCACUCUAGGCAGGAGAGGCAUUAAUGAGCCUGGCUGUGGAGUUGUCCUGGAAAGGCAGGCCAGAGUGGCUGAGAGGCUGGGGGUGGGGAGGGUACCUGUUCUCUCAGUGAUAGUGAUGGGGGUGCCUUUUCUAGGGGGUGGGGUGGGGGGGCCACGGGGGUGGGGUACAUAGGGUACAUUCAGGAGGGUUUUCCUCCAUUUCUUUUUUCUAACUGCCUGGAUUCACCAUUGGAUUUUGUAAAUGGAAAACUGAAAUGAACAAUGCUAUAUUGGAUGUUUUCUCUUUCUGACUGUGUGUGCGUGUCUGUCUGUGUGCGUCUGUGUGUCCAUGUGUCCUGUCUGCAUGACCACAUGUGGGGAUGUAUGAGUGAGUGAGACGGUGUGUUUGUGUGACUUUGUAUGGGGAGGCACCCCUGCCUGGUACACAUGCGUGAGUAAAUGCCUGUAUGUGGAGACAUAUAUGGCAUGCACACACACAUACAUGUAUGCACCUAACUGAGAGGAGACAAACUACAGUAUGUGCCUGCGGCAGCAGGAAGUCGAGUGGCCGGAGAGAUAGAACUUGAAAAGUACAUAUGUAUAUAGCAAGAGGAAGAUUCCCAUCUCAUCAGAUCUUCCUCCCUUGGCACAGGUUCUAAACAUGGCAGACGAAAUACUUGAGAACCCCAUUCUCUCCCCAAAGAGCCCCCAAGUAGCACUUUCAACCUCCCAAAUCAGUCUCUUCUCCAAAACCCAAACAAGGUGUUCCUGAAACUGGGCCGCCAUGGAGAAUGGGGACUGGGAAUUGGGGAUCCAACUUGGGGAGAGCUGAUGGGUUAGAAAAUGCCCCCCA